UGGGGCCGGGGCGGGCGGGCGGGCGGGGAGCGGGGACAAGCAGGGCCGGGGCCGGGGCUGGGCGGCGGCUACAGCUGCGGCUGGGGAGGAGCAUAGCUAUUUAUUUUGGGAACCGCAGCUCCCCCUCCCCGGGGCCCCCCCGCCCCUAGCAGCCCAGAGCUAGCUGGGCAGAGCCGGGGGCGUCACCAACUCCCCCCGCUCCCCCCGACGCCGCCGCCCCCCCAACUCCAUCUUCACGCUCUCGCCUCUCCCUCCUCCGCGGCCGCCGCCUCCCAUCAGGGCUGGGCCUCCUGGAUCGCUGCUGCCGCUGCUAUCCUCGGUCCUCCCGAUUAUCCCCCAGUUUCCCAAUCCCGCUUUGAGGGAGCGGCUGCCUCCGGAGUUAACAAGCGGUGAAGCUCAGGCCGCGGGCCUCGCAUGGUGCCGGGGCCUCUGGGCUGACGGACGCCCGAAUCCGGGCCCCCCAGAGCCGCCUCUAGCCAAAACCGCGCCCGCCGGACCCAGAAGAAUGGUCACUCAGAUAAUUAGCACCAUGGAGACUCAGGUGUCCGGCGGCCCCCCCCCUACGGCCCUGCCCAAUGGGCCGCUAGUCAGCACCAACGGAGCCACCGAUGACAGCAAGACCAACCUCAUUGUCAACUACCUGCCCCAGAACAUGACGCAGGAGGAGUUCAAAAGCCUCUUCGGCAGCAUUGGGGAGAUCGAGUCCUGUAAGCUGGUUCGGGACAAGAUCACAGGGCAAAGCCUGGGCUAUGGCUUCGUGAAUUACGUGGACCCCAAUGAUGCGGACAAAGCCAUCAAUACCCUCAAUGGCCUCAAGCUGCAGACCAAGACCAUCAAGGUGUCCUACGCCCGGCCCAGCUCAGCCUCCAUCAGAGAUGCCAACCUGUAUGUGAGUGGCCUCCCCAAGACCAUGAGCCAGAAGGAAAUGGAGCAACUCUUCUCCCAGUACGGGCGAAUCAUCACCUCCCGAAUCCUCGUAGAUCAGGUCACAGGUGUGUCUAGGGGCGUGGGCUUCAUCCGGUUUGACAAGAGGAUUGAGGCCGAAGAGGCCAUCAAGGGCCUGAAUGGGCAGAAGCCGCUAGGCGCCAGUGAGCCCAUCACUGUCAAGUUCGCCAACAACCCCAGCCAGAAGACAGGCCAGGCCCUGCUCACACACCUUUACCAGUCCUCAGCACGACGCUAUGCAGGACCCCUGCACCACCAGACACAGAGGUUCAGGCUCGACAAUUUGCUAAACAUGGCCUAUGGCGUCAAGAGUCCCCUGUCGCUCAUCGCCAGGUUUUCGCCCAUCACCAUCGACGGCAUGAGUAGCCUGGCGGGUGUGAGCCUGUCGGGGGGCGCAUCGGGCGCUGGCUGGUGCAUCUUCGUCUACAACCUGUCCCCGGAGGCAGACGAGAGCGUCCUGUGGCAGCUGUUCGGGCCCUUCGGGGCCGUGACCAACGUCAAGGUCAUCCGCGACUUCACCACCAAUAAGUGCAAGGGCUUUGGCUUCGUGACCAUGACCAACUACGACGAGGCCGCCAUGGCCAUCGCCAGCCUCAACGGCUACCGCCUGGGUGACCGCAUCCUGCAGGUCUCCUUCAAGACCAGCAAGCAGCACAAGGCGUGAGCGCCGGUGGGUGGGCCGGUGGGCCGGGUGGGCUGGGCUGGGCUGGGCGGGCCAGGGCAGCAGAUAGGCCGGGGUGGAGCGGGUGGGCAGGGCCGAGGAACUGAGCGGGGCAGAGCUCGGGGAGGUGAGGGGGAGGGGGCACUGACCAGGCUCACGGAUGGACAGGUGGACGUCUGAGCAGACCUCCACCCCCACCCCCACGGAGAAGGAAGCAGCCACCCAAACUUAGGUCGCCCUCCUGACUCUCCCACCCCGACCCCUAACCUGCCCCAGCAGCAGCCCUUGGCCCCACCAGUGUUAGCCCUGGCCCCGCCGCUGUUCCCACGGGAACGCCCCUCCCCUUUCCCCCGCUCCCCUACCUGGUCCCCCUGCUCCCUGCUCCCCCUCCCCCCCUCCCUUGCAGCGUGACAUAUGUCAACUGACAGACAGGAGGACACGCUGCAGCCACUGCUGCUAGGGGCGGGGCGGGGGAUGGGGGGGUGCCAGAACCUUCCUCUCCGGACUGGAACCCGGAGGGUGGGAUGAAUGGGCCCCUCCCCUCCCUGCCCCAGAGCCUCCCGGGAGACUAGGGAGCUGGGAAAGCACUGGCCUUAGAGAGGGACUGGGGGUGGGCCCCUCCUGAACCCUCCCUCUUUCUUGGCCCCCCACCCCAGAUACUGGCUCACUGGCUCACUCUCUCUCCAGCUUCCUGAGCCCUUGAGCUCUGGGUUUCAGUCAUUCUGAAAGUUUUUUCUUUUAUUUUGGCAAAACAAAAACCGAAGACACAGAAACCUGGUGGUUUGGCCGGGGCUGGGGAGUCAGAGGAAGUGGGGGGUCAGGGCCCCCCAUUAUCUUGGGCAGAUCCUGCCUGGGACCCCUGCCUUUCCAGGCCCCGGGACCAGGAGGGGUAAGGAAGGCAAAGGAACAGGUUUAAAAAUCCCCAAAAAAAGAGACCUUGAGAAGGGGGCCUGGCCCCAGGAGAUGGUGGGAGGCGGGCGGGGGGGUAGGAGCUGAAAACAGAAACACAAUGGAAAAAAAGGGGAAAAAAAAGAAAACUCUAUUUUUGUAAAAAGGGAAAAAGACCUUGUGGAGAAUUUUUACUGGGGAUUCUUGAACUUGACAAAAAAAAAGACAAAAAGACAAAAAAAAUGAGAGGCUUUUUGGCAGGUGAGGCUGAUGGGGCUGAGGUUGGGGCCUGGAUGGGGAGGCGAAGGGGUGCUCUCCAGGGCACCCCAGGAGUGUCACACACCUGAGGUACACACAGACACACACAUACACACACACACACAGACACACACACACACACACACACACACACCUGGGGGCCAGUGGUCACAGGGGAUCCCAUCCACAUAUCCCAGACUCUUCACCAAGCAGACUUGCAGACACAUCCACAGACACUCACUCUCUGCUCAUUUCCCUUUCCAGAAACUGCCUCGAGGUUCCCUUCAAGGGAGCCCCCAAUGGAAGGACUUAACAUACUAGCUCAGAACUAACCCUUGGGGCCAGACCAGGGACCAGAGGGGCACCAGCCUCCCUGGGCACGGCCCCCAGGGGCCAAAGGUCCUUGCUCCCCAGCCCCAGCCAUCUCCUCCUCCCCUUGUGUCAGCUCCUGGGCCCCUGGCCUCAGGUCAGAGCACGGGAGCCGGGCAGCCUCCCGAUGGGGCCCAGGCCGGGUCCUGGUGACUUCAGGCCAGGGCCUGUGCUUGGGCUCCUCCUGGGGGAGCCUGGGAGACUGAGGCAGAGUGCGGAGGCCGGGCCCUUUCUCCCUCUGCCACUCCACCGGCUCUCCCUAGAAGCGGUGAGGCUGGGGCCAGUGCCAAGAGGGGCGAAGAGCCCAGACCUCAGCCCUCACGGGGCAGGGCUGUGGGAGCAACGACCAUAUCGUUUGGGAAGAACGUCGUCGCUCCCCUUAAGCAGCGGGAGUCGGGACGGGAGGGAGCUCAUCCCCCAAACCCUGUGGUCCCAAAGGCAUAGGGUCAGUGCCGGCCACUCCCCUCAGCUACACAGUCCUGGCCUCCCAGACCCCAAUCUUCCAUCCCUGGGCAGCCGCCUCCCUCCCGUUCCCCAGAGAACAAGCCCUGGCCCUGGUGCUGUGGGGGCCCGAGCCGGCCCCACCUCCCAUCCAAACCCACCUUCCGGAAACCAUACAAAGAGGGAAGUAGACACACCUGACCUCUCCCGCCCCGACACGCUCCCACCUAGGUCCCUCCCAAAGCUCUCCUUGGUUCCGGGGAACUGAGGCAGCCCCCAGGCCCAGGCCCUGACCCUGGCCCAUCCCCUCCAGCCUUCCUCUCCCCGCCUCGCCUCCCCUCCCCUCCCGUCUGGAAUGUGCAUUUCUAGUUUCUGUUUUUUCGUUUCUACAAAAGCGAAGACCGCGGCCUGGCCCUGGCCCCCUUGGUCUGCGGGCUCGGCGCUCCCCCGCUGGGGAAGCCCAGCUCGGCCUCAGUUCAGUGAGACACCAUUCACCCGAGUCAGCUUCUUCCUUGUUUCCUGUUAGGCGUUAGUUUGGGGCCCGGCCCCCCUCCCCGCGCUCCCUCCGUCCUGUGCUCCCCCAGUGUUCGUAGGCGUCUGUGGAGCUUCUGCUGCGAGAAAAAACAAAAUAAAAAAAACAAAAAAAACAAAAAAAGACAAAAACAAAAAAGCAAACAAAAAAGCAAACCGCAACAACAACAAAAACCCUAUAAAAAUGAGAGAGAGAAACUGGCACCAAUAACUCUUACUACACCUUUUUGCAGAAUUUAGCUUCUUGUAGUUUUAACUUAUUGUUAACUUAACUAUUUAUUAUUAUUCCGGCCGCGUGAGGACAUUUGUGUAUAUUUCUGUUCCUUCAUCCUAUCCGCAAGUUAAAGGACAGAUUUUUUAAUUUGCUGAGAAGUGGUUUAUGCCUAAUUUAUUUAUCCAAGGGAACAAAAGUGUCGUUGGAUGAGAAUGAUUCCAGUAACUGCAGUGAGCGGCCGGCCGGCCACGGGGCCCACGAGUGGCCAGGCCGGCCCAGGUGGGCAGCGAGCGGGUGGCAGGAUCCGGACGGUUCUUCGGUGGGGUUUUCGAUGUGCUCUAUGAUUUUGCUCUUGUCUUGUUGGGUACUUUUUUCAGUCCUCAUUCUAUUAGCUGGUGAAGACUUAAGCUUGUUGUUUAUCUACACGGAUCUAUUUAUUCUUGUGAAUUUUCUAACCCCACCCUCCUUCUCCCCAGACCCAGAGCAGGGUGGACCCUGAGGGAAGGAGGGAUAGGAGAGGCCCCCUCCCUACCCCAUCCAGGCCCAGCCCCAGGAGUCCCCCCCUUGGCCCUUGGCUCUCCCCUCCUCUCUCCCCGUUUCUUGGGGCUUUUCCCCCUCUGCCCUUGACACGUGUGAGCACGUAUGUGCACACGUGUGUGCAGCGUGUCCUGAGGCUUCUCGGAGCAAUAAGGGCGGGCUGGGGGCUUGGGGGGGGCAGCGGGGGCCCUGAGGGCCGGGCUCUGCUGAGCAGGAGAGAGGUGCCCCCUCCCCGCUCCCCCCUCCCCCCAAUUCCCAUUCCCCAGGCAGAGCCCCCUCCCCCCCAGCCUGGCUCUCCCCAUCCCCUCCCCACCCACACAGCUUGGGAUAUUUUUUUCUAAAACUAAACUAAACUCAGCCAGGCUCCCACGGCCAGGCCCUCUCCUUCCUCCAGGCAGUGGCUGGGGCUCCCCAGAGGGGAGAGGAGGGGGCCCCUGGUCUUCCACAUCCCUGGAGGGGGCUGGCAGGUAGGAGGGGGCCCUGCCCACUCCUCCUCACUUCAUCCUGUUAUUUAUUCGGAUGGUUUCAAAUCAUGACAGAGUAAAUGUUGGAGGAUCAAAAAAAACUGUAAAAAGAAAAAAACACUUUGCGUUGAGUUUAGACUAUUUAUUAUGGGAUUACAGGCCUGACGCUGUAACAGACUUUUACAUGGAAUCGUUGGAUUAUUUGUACUUUUCAUGCCAGAAAAUAAAAGUUCAGAAUCUUA